AUGGCAAGCUCUUCCACCGACAGAACAACCGACAACGCCGUCAACCACGAAAGAACCUCUACCCAGGGUGGUGCCAGCGCCAAACCCACACCCGCCAACAACGCAGGCGGUGGUUCCGGAUGGGGCGACAAGGGGUUCUUCAAGGGGGGCACAGGCACAGAGGGACCGGGACAUGUGGACGCUGCGAACCCCAAGUCAUCAAUGGGCAAGUUCCUAGGUCUGAGUUCGCAGAAGGGUGCUGCGAGCUCGAACUUUGAGCAGCGGACUCAGGGGGCGUCCGAUAUGUCUGCUAAGGGAACAUCGUGCGAUACUGAGGAUCAUAGUUUCAUGGAGCAUCGGCCUGGAUGUCCUGAGACGCUGCCUGGGUGGUCGAAGACGAAGGGGGUGAUGGAUAUGUGA